UCCAAAUUGCCUUAUAUAGAAGCUAUAAUGAAAGAAACCUUAAGACUACAUCCACUUGCUUCGCUGCUUGCGCCACGUUUUGCCAUUGAAGACUGCAAUGUAUCAGGUUAUGAUAUCUCUAAAGGAACGAUAGUCCUGGUAAAUGCAUGGAGUAUUGGAAGGAAUCCCAAAUAUUGGGAUGCACCGGAACAGUUCUUGCCAGAAAGGUUUCUGGACAAGAAAAUUGAAAUAUUAGGACAAAAUUUUGCUCUAUUGCCUUUUGGGUCGGGUCGUCGGAGCUGUCCUGGGUACAAUUUGGGACUUAAGAUUGUUCGUUCAACGUUGGCCAACUUGUUACACGGAUUUAACUGGAAAUUGCCUCAGAAUAUGAAGCCUGAAGAUGUAUGCUUAGAGGAGAUUUUUGGAUUGACCACAUGUCCAAAAGUGCCUCUCGAAAUGAUCAUAGAACCUCGACUUCCACAGCACCUUUAUUAGAUAAAUUUCUUGUUUAAUCACUCGUACUGUAAAAUAUUACAUAAUAAGAAUAAGUCAUCAGGGCAGUUUAGGGAUGGCUUGACCUGGCUCGAGGAUCCGAGGCACCGAGCCCCAUUUCGGGGAGUCGGCUCGAACCGGGCCGACCCGUUAAAAAAAAAAA